AUGACUAAUUUAGACACAGUCCGUGACGUGUUCUCUUUUAGAGAAUUCUCCGCACACAAUCUGUACAUAAAGAAACAUGGUCACGGAGGUGGAGUUUGUCGCCACUGCAUGCACGAUCAUCAUUGAAGGAUGGGACUUCUGCUUUCCCUCAGAGCAACUCUCCUUUUUUCUAAAAAAAGAAAAAGGGCAUUUCCCUUGUUCUGCUUUCUCCUCACAUGAAGUUUCUCUCACUGGACGCUCCUCUCUUCUCUUCCUCGACCCCAUUUCCAUUUUUUCUUCCGCCCUGCUCUAUAGUCAAUACGUUAUCAAAACCAAAUCUUCCCUCCACUUCAUCUGAUUUCUUCCGCUACACUUUCUCGAUACACAACAAUAGCCAAGUUUUCUGUUUUCGUCUUUCCUUCCUGAGUUGCAGUCUAUGGCUUCCAAGCUCCUUCUUCGCACCCCAUUGUAUUCUCCGUCAUCGCCUCAUGUUAUUCCCUGUUCAUCUACCCCUCAAAAUCUGGUGAGGUUCUCUCCCAAAAGUUCCAUUUCUCAUGACCCACUAUCGUCUGCUUCGUUGAGGAGUAACAAAAUCCGAACCCCAUUUCUCUCCCCUGUUCCUACCACCACCAUUACUGAUCCUUAUAGAAAGUCAAGUUCAGCUCCAUUUUUGACGACAAGGGUCACAUCCAAAUUAAGCUUCCCUCUUGUUUCCCCCAAUGACUAUUGGGGCAUGUGGACUUUUCUGUUUGCCUCCGGUGCUUUUGGCAUAUGGUCAGAAAACACCAAGAUUGGGAGUGCCAUUAGUGGGUGUGUGACCAGCAUUCUGGUGGGCCUUACAGCUAGCAGUUUGGGAAUCGUUGGCAGCAAUGCUCCGGCAUACUCAACUGUAAUGGAGUUCCUGCUUCCCUUGAUUGUUCCUCUCAUGUUGUUCAGAGCUGAUCUGUGCCGGGUCAUCAAAUCAACUGGAACCCUUCUCUUGGCAUUCUUGAUUGGUUCGGUUGCAACAAUAGUGGGAACAGGAGUGGCAUAUUUUCUGGUGCCAAUGCGGUCGCUGGGUGAAGACAGUUGGAAAAUAGCAGCAGCUUUGAUGGGCAGACACAUUGGUGGAGCUGUUAAUUAUGUUGCUGUUGCCAAAGCCCUUGGCCUCUCUCCCUCAGUUCUAGCAUCUGGCCUAGCUGCAGAUAAUGUUCUAAAUGCCAUGUUUUUUGCCACACUAUUUGCAUUAGCCUCUAGAGUGCCUCCAGAAAUUGAAACAUCAGAAGGUGCCAAGUUGGACGAAGGAUCAGAAAACGACAAAAAAUUUCCAGUGCUACAGAUGGCAACAUCAAUUGCUGUGUCUUUUACUAUCUGCAAGAUUUCCGCUGUACUCACAACCUUUUUGGGAGUUCAAGGGGGCCAACUCCCAAUUAUUACAGCAAUAUCUGUCAUUCUGGCCACUGCAUUUCCAAAGCCAUUUGCUUAUCUUGCACCAUCUGGUCAAGGAAUGGCUUUAAUUCUCAUGCAGGUGUUCUUGACAGUGGUGGGUGCAAGUGGGAGUUUAUGGAACGUAAUAAACACAGCACCAAGCAUUGUUGUGUUUGAUUUGAUUCACUUGGGUGUUCAUCUGGGUGUGAUACUUGGCGUGGGAAAGCUUCUGAGGUUUGAUUACAAGCUAUUGCUUCUUGCAUCAAAUGCUAAUGUUGGAGGCCCUAACACUGCUUGUGGCAUGGCCACUGCAAAAGGCUGGGCUUCUCUCAUUGUCCCGGGAAUCCUUGCUGGCGUUUUUGGAAUCUCCAUUGCAACUUUCUUAGGAAUUGGAUUCGGUGUCACUGUGCUCCAGCACAUUUACAAGUUUGGGAUUUAGUUUUCUUUAUCUUUUAGGAUAUUAAUGAGGGAACAUAACACUUUAAAACUUUGUAUAAAGAAUAAUAUCUUCAACUGUAAUUAUUCUUCUUACAAGAUUCCGAAGUGUCAUUUCCCUGGUUAAUAAUAUUGAUUUGGAAAAGAGAUAAA